ACGAACACUUCCGGAAUCAACAUUGGACAUGCAUUCUACAUUGAAGAAGUAAUAUCGCAUGUAAUGACUGAUCUAACAUAUCUGAAAAGAUAAUCAAACAUGCAUAUUAGGAUCAAAAUAUAAGGUGUAAACAGAAGUGUUUAAAACAUGCCUUACUGUCGAUAUGGUGAUGUGCCGGCGGACGUACGUUACAGACUAGCCGAGGGUUUGGGGAUUUCGGUCUGAUCGACUAGAACCAUGAUUGUCAACAAUACUGAUUGCUAUAAAUGAAACAGUGCUCCAAUGGUUUUCACACAGAUGGACGUUGUAUCAUGGUUCCUAAUCGUAGUGAUGUUGAUGGUGUUGGCAUUUGUUUUGAUGAAGAUGUAUCGACUCUAUCGCCUCCAACACUACGAGGUUCGUGCCCCGGACAUCCACCGUGGCCAUCGCUGGUAUAUGAUAGAUAUAUUUCCUGAGCAAACUUACUGUACCAUCGGCCACUACAGAAUAAAACAUGGGGCAACAUGUGACUCAUGUGGGGUGUGUGUUGAUGAUCAUAACAUGAAAGCCGCAGACAAGAAGAUCCACUGUAAGCCUGUGUCUGAGAUUGGUCGAGGAACUCUUCAUCAUUGGGUUCAGGGCAAUCUACCACUGUAUAGUAAAUGUUUCAUUUGUGGUGAAGAUUGCGGUGUGCUACCUCAGAUCUGUGAUGUUUGGUGUGCAUGGUGUCGAAGGACUGCCCAUGAGAACUGUAAGCGAGUCAGUGAUCUAUGUGAUCUUGGCCGUUUUAAGACUGUCAUUGUACCCCCUAAUUGUGUCCGACUUAAACAAGUGGGGAUAAAGGGUAGACGACGACUGGUGGUUGCCUCGGCGAGUCACCCAAACAUUGCAAACUGGAGUCCCCUUAUAGUAGUAGCCACAAGGAAAAGUGGUAACAAUGAAGGGGAAUUUAUUCUCAGGGCCUUCCGAGGUUUUCUACACCCCUCACAGGUGAUUGACCUAAAUGAUGUGCCGCCUGAGAACGGUCUGGAGUGGUGCCACCUCCUCCCCGAUGUCACCUUCCGUGUUCUGGUGUGUGGUGGUGACGGUACCAUUGGAUGGGUGCUCAAUGCUAUUGAAAAACUUAAACUGAAAAAACCACCAGAUGUAUGUAUUCUGCCCCUGGGGACAGGCAAUGAUAUGUCACGUGUCCUAGGGUGGGGCGAAGGCUACACUCAUGGAGAUGUCAACAUUCCAGAUAUCCUGGAGAAGAUCAGUGAAGCACAACCUGCCAGUCUGGACAGGUGGAAAGUGAAUAUUAGCAUGAGGAGUAUUGUGAUGAAGAAAAAAAAGGUGAUAAUGAACAACUACGCCUCUAUAGGUGUGGAUGCCCUAGUAACCCUCAACUUCCAUCGACAGAGGGAGAGCCGGCCAUGGCUGUUUGCACACCGCCUAAUCAAUAAGUUGUGCUACUUUACCUACGGGACCAAGGAUGUGAUGGAGCGGGAGUGUAAAUAUCUGAACAAGAAGAUUACGGUGGAGUUGGACGGCCGGGUGGUGGCCUUACCAGACAUAGAGGGCUUAGUCAUCCUCAACAUCGCAAGCUGGGGUGGAGGCUGUCUGCCCUGGACGUUGGACGAAGGUCACCAGCAGUUUCGACCACCAAGGUACGACGAUGGGUUGCUUGAGGUGAUGGCCCUCUACUCUUCAUUCCACAUAGCCCAGCUGCAGGUCGGGAUGGCAGCACCCGUCAGGAUAGGACAAGCUAGGACCGUCAAGAUAACGUUACACGGGGGCAAAGUGCCGAUGCAGGUCGAUGGAGAGCCCUGGGAGCAACGCUAUCCCGCCGAGAUUUUCAUAUCACACCAUGGACAAGCCAGGAUCUUGGCUGCUGACACUUAGGGAAAGGUCAGCGUCUGGCCGUAGACACACGGGUCAGAGUCAAAGGUCAGCGUCUGGCCGUAGAUACAUGGAUCAAAGCAAAAGGUCAGCAUCUUGGCCGUAGAUACAUGGAUCAAAGUCAAAGGUCAGCAUCAUGGCCGUAGACACACGGGUAUUGUCAAUCAUUACCUCCGACAUCAAUGGGAAGGUCUGAUUCAUAAACGGUUUAAUAACACGGUCCAUCUUCCUUCAACCAAAGUUUCUUUGAUAUCUUCUUUUAGAACUAUAUGUUUGUCUUUCUAUUGUGUACAGUAAGUUUUUUUUAUAUCUUUUAAAUGUCUUUUUAUGCUUCCGGUGCAAUACAAAUAAAAAAUCCAUUUUGUUCACUUACAUUGUUAUACGUAUAAAACAUUGACAUUAUUACUGACUUAUAAUGAUAUAUAUAUUAAAUUCAAGCAAAUAAAGGCUGAGUCAAAAUGUGUCAUUUUGAAACUACAUUUGAGUUUUCAGUAAAUAACUCCUAUUUAAAAAAAAAAAUCAGUUCAUAUAUAAUAGAAAUAAUUAUAAACAAAUAGAUGUUUUUGAUGAAAUUAUAAGAAAAAAUUAAAUUGCCUAAUCCAUUGGUCUAACGUUUGUGUUAAGUGCUGCAUUUUUCAAAAGCCUGUUCUACUAGUCCUAGUGCUACUGUUUUGUCUGGACUUGUCGAGCGAUAACAAACUUAUAACCAUCCUGUAGACCCUAGCAAGUCAGGUGGUACAUUGUAUAACACUUCACAAUUGUCCCUAUCUGUACUGAAACCCCUUAUACUAACAGUAACAAGUCGCAGGCCACGUGCAUUUUUACUUUUCUUUCUGAUAUGUUUUUCAAUAAACACACUUUUGCCAAAGGAACUGAAUUUCUUUACGAUUGAUAUGUUUACAAUUACAACCACCUAAGUAUAAUGAUUCUUUCAUCAAUAUCAGAAAUCCUAUAUACAUAUUUUUACAGUGAUGUUUGAGAGAUAUAAAGAGAGAGAGAGAGGUAUAUUUAAUACUAAAAUGUAAUAGAAUAAAACUUUUGUACUCCUAUAUUCUCUGUACUGAUUCGUCCAAUAAAUUACAUGAUCUUUCAAUAUUACAGAUUGAUUGAAUUUGCUUUCUUAAAUUGGUGUAAUUAUCUAUAGAAAGAUAUACAUAUAAAUUACGGAAUGCUGACGUUUUGUAAGGGAACACCCAGAAGUGGACAAAGAACACAAUAGGGAAGUAAACCCACUCAGAAAAUGUGACGGAAGAAUUAAGGAAUUGUUGAUUUUUAUCUAUGAUAUUGUAUAAUCUGGAGCUUCUGCUUAGUGUGCUGUCUGGAUUGACGAAAACAACCAAAUGUUGUGCCAUUCCUGUCAACUGAUGUUGUCACCAGCUUGUCUGUAUUGUUACUAUUUAUUGAGAUUGUGUAUUCUAUUACAUUUUUAUACUGUCGCUAUAAUGUGCUGUUUUAAAGUUUUUAGGGAGAUUAUAUGUGGUUUUUAUUUUUUGUGAUUGGGAUGUGUUAUCUUUAACAAAUUGAGCACAAAAGUGGGGGGAGUAAGUCGCAAAAAGUCAAAGUUUAAAGCAUUUUUUGUUUUCCUUUUAAGUUUUAAGUAACAUUUUAAUUGACUUGUGGAUAUUUAUAUUAAAUCUUUUUUGAGAUCCCUCGAAAGAUAUUUCAAAAUAUUGUUAAAUAGAAAUAUUAGACUAUUAACGCGCUCAUACGGCUGUCUAGCCCUGACGUCAAGUGAAGGUCACAUUUUGAAGUUGAAAGUGAAAUCAAUUCGUUAACACCUCUGUGGGAACAUUUCGUACCGUUUGCUGCAUUGGUUCUCCAUUUAAAAAUCAAUCAGGGUUUCUUAAAGUUUUACUUUUAUGCAGUUGUGUAAAAACCUUUCCACUCCCAGUGUUUAGUGAGCUAAAAGUUUUCUGGAUGAUACACAUGGUGUAACUAUCAAACUCAGAACUAGUAUAUUUGUGUUACCCUAAAUACCUGCUUCAGUAUGCAAUAUGGGUUAAAGAGUCAGUGUAUAAUAUAUAUUGUUAUUUAGAUCUUAAUCAUUUUAAUAGUGCUGAUAAGAAAAUAAACUAUUUAUGGUU